GCUAAGUUUUUUAUAAGUUGGACACUUGAACGCCUGAUUUUCAUCCAAAUUCCAAUGACCGAUGGUGUACCAGAACAAGUGAAAACGUUUGUUUUUCAUUCAAAUCCGAACCGGAACUCUAGUAGUGAAUUCGAGUCCUUAGAGGUCUUAAUACCAGAGCAGUUGCAGGCCAGCUACAGUUUCUACACCUGGCCUUCGGCACCCGUACUAGCCUGGUACUUGUGGGAACGCAGGACUGAACUGCUUGGUAAGCACAUUGUAGAGCUCGGUGCGGGAACUGCACUUCCUGGUAUUGUCGCUGCCAAGUGUGGUGCUUCCGUUACACUAACAGAGAGUGCCACUCUUCCUCGGAGCAUUCAGCAUCUUCGGCGUUGCUGUGAACUCAAUAAUCUUCAAAGCAAUCAAGUGCGGGUAGUCGGCCUCACCUGGGGUCUCUUCCUCGCCAAUACCUUCACGCUUGGACCAAUAGAUCUCAUAAUAGGCUCCGAUUGCUUCUACGAACCUUCUGUCUUUGAAGACAUAAUUGUCACUGUUGCCUUUCUCCUCGAAAGCAACCCACAAGCCAGAUUCUAUUGCGUAUACCAAGAACGGAGUGCCGAUUGGUCUAUAGAGCAUCUCUUGCACAAGUGGAGUCUUCGGUGUGAGCAGGUGUCACUGAACAAUCUUGGUGCCCAAUCGGGAAUUGAUGUCAACGACUUGAUGAAAUCACACACUAUCCAGUUGCUGGAGAUCACACGAGUUUGACAUGUCUGCGAAGAACUUUACAAGGCUUUUUAUCGGAAAUCUUCCCUGGACCGUUGGUCAUCAGGAAUUGAGGAAGUAUUUUAGAGAGUUUGGAAAGAUUGCGGCAGCAUCAGUUGUGGUUGAUAGAAAUACAGGAAUUUCCAAGGGUUACGGAUUCGUGACAUUUUUUAACAGUGAUUCCUAUGAGCGAAUAACCAACCAAAAGAGUCAUAAUAUAGACGGGUGGAAU